UCCAAUUUCCGGUAUUUUCAAUCUGAUCACUCUCACAGAGUCGCACAUUCAAAAGAAUCCCUUUCUUUUGACACGGAUUUUCCCACAAAUUCGUUGGUUGAAGAUGAUGCAAGCAGUGAAUCAUCUGUUUCAGAUCUGUCUCGCUUCAUAUCCAAAUCUCCUACACCAAGCUCCAUGUCUCAUGUCAUUAGCAUCCGACAGCUUCUUGAAUCAGCACUAGAAGCAGCUGGACAAGUGGCUGGAGCAUCUGUGUCAACCUCUCCCCUACCGUUCAGCACCAUGGCUGGGCAGUGUGAAGCCCUAGGCACAGAUUCAAGGAAAAAGCUCUCCACUUGGCUCUCUCAUGCAAACACUGAUGCAACAAAACCUUCACCCAUGCCUAUCAAGAUUUUGGGUGAAGAUGAGCCACUUUGUAGAGGAAUGAAUGGACUGAGGCUACCUCCUGCUAGCCCAUUCGAGAAGUUUUUAAAAGCAGCUAGAUAUGGUUAGAUCUCUUGUUAAUACCUGUUUCUACUAAUUCAUGUCGAUCGAAUGUAUGAAUUAAACUUGGUUUAUAAUACCCUUUUAGGAUUUGUUUGUAUGUAAUCGUGUUGAGUAUUGUUUGAUGUCGUUAAGGUUGUAAUGCACAUGUAAUGUAGCUACUUGGGCUCAUAUGAGGUUUGACUCUGACUAUGUGAUCCCUUUUUUCUUC